UUGGACAGCGACACUCCAGCGUUUCUUUGUGUAGCUUGCUACUUUACGCUUGCAAACACACAUGUAUAAAUAAAUCACUGCUGCUGAUAAUUUUCUUCGUGCGCAGAUGUGAUUAUGUGGCAAGUGGAAUGGAAAGGGGAAUGGCGUCAUGAUAUGAUUUGAACAUAUUUAAUUGUUUAUAGAGACAAUAUACAAAAAGAUUGGAAACAAGUUCUGACAACUUACAAUUUUUUCCCCCGAUAUUAGGUACACUUGCCAUAUGGUUAUAUUCAUGUACAUAAUCAUCGAAAUAAACAAGUGGUUUAGUUUACAUGCAUUAAUCAAAUCUACCAAUUGUGAACUGCUGAGAAAAUAACACAGUAUAUGAGGUAUAUAGAUAUAAUGUAUAUACACGACAGGUAAACAAUAUAGGUUUUCUAAAGAAGAGAAAAUAUGAACAUCAGUCAGUUGUAAAGGAGGAGUUUUGAAGAUUGUCGUAAUAUAUAUUUAGAUAAUGAAUUUACUGUUGUCUAUAUUUUGGAGUACUGUAGUUGUCUUAAUUACUCCUCGAACAAGGAGAUACACAUCCAUACAUACGUCUUUUGACAAUGAAUGGAGCUGUUAAUUGAUACUAAUUAAACAAUAUCCUUUAACAAUUUUAGUUCCCCACACCAAACUUUAAGCCCCAAUAUUUCUUAUCUGGUCAGCAUCAGGCACUGCUAGCUACACCGAGAUCAGAUCUUAUGAUAUAAUACUAGCUAAUUGAAGUGGUGAAUGAACACAGUAUAUAUUACGAUACAUUUUUGUCAGCUUUCGUAUUGAUGAUUUGAAGGAGACGGGUUUUUUAAUCAGACCGGUAAACUAACUUUGAAUUAGCAUUUAAAUUUGUUAUUAAAAAAUUAGGUCAAAAUUAAGUCAAUGUUUUUACACUGCCAAUAUGGAAUACGUAAAACUACUCGCAAGUUGUUACUUAAAGUGUAGCUUAUUGACCCGUGAUUUUUGAUUAGUGCAUUUCCUAUGUAGGCAGACUGAAAAGUCUGAAUUGUACGUAAUUGUGAAUGUUAUACAGAAAAGCCAGGUCACGAUCACUGAACACAUUUAUGAGACUAAAAUCAAACCAAUUAUGAAUAGUUGGAGCCUAGGUACACGUACUAGGAUACAGUACCAAAGACAACACAGUUUACCGUCACUAUGAAGAAACACAUGCUGACCGUGAUUCCCCUUAUGGGGUUCGUCAUGAUAUUUUACAUAUACAACAGAAGCAUAUACGAGUACAUUAUUCCCACUACUACAACCCAAGGGAUGGACUCAGAAUUGGCGCAACAGUCUCUAGAGAGAAUUCAAAAGGUACAUCAACGAAAACCCCAAGCGGUCGCCGAUUUGGAUCCUCAAUUCAUUCCAAAAUCGAAAUUGAAAUUGAAUACAAAGAAAACGAAUACUAAUUUCGCACAUACGCGAACAAUACAAACAACGAAACCACCGAGAGCUAAGCUCCAGCCGGUGGAUGAUAUUGAUUGGGUAUAUCUGAGGACAAUGCCAACCUAUAACCAAUCAGAAGAUGUCUUACAGUCGGAGUGGUGGAAAGCCGCUGCUUUCUUAGAAAUAGAUUUUAACAAAAGGCCACGAGAUUACAAGUGUCGAAAACUUCGGAGAAUGGGAAAUUGGUAUCUGUGUCAAGAUAAACCAUAUAGAAUAGAAAAACCAUGUCUGGUUUAUUCAUUCGGUAUUGCCAAUGACUUUAGCUUUGAUGACGACAUGGCGAAACUUGGCUGUGAAGUUCAUUCGUUCGAUCCAAGCAUGAAUGCAGAGGAACACGUGAGGAAUACUAGCGUGACAUUCCAUCCUAUCGGUCUCAGCGACAAGGUCAUUCAAGAUUUCAACCCUCGACAUGAUAUAUAUGUAACCAAUGAUCAAAAGUGGAAUAUGAUGGACCUCCUUACAAUAAUGGACAAACUAGGUCACAAAAAUAGAGUACUGGACUACCUGAAAAUAGACGUGGAAGGACACGAAUGGGCGGUGCUGGAUUAUUUGAUUACAACAGGAAUAAGUUCGAGAAUCAGACAUUUUUCUCUGGAAUAUCACAUUUUUCCAGAUUGGCCUAGUAAGGCCAUGUAUCCAGAUUUAUUGAGGACGUAUAAGAACCUGAAAGAAAUGGGUUUCUACAAAUAUUUUACAGGUUUACAUCCAUUAAACCACACUCCGCGGAGGUUUAAUAUACAAGCUGAUGUUUGUUAUGUCAAUAAAAAAUUUAAAGCAUAAUAAAUU